AUGAAAAACGUAUCCAACGCUACAGGUAGGCCCGCACGUGUCAGCGAGGCCGGACCUAUCCUUGAACAAGCCAAGAGAUUACUGUAUCUGUCUGGAGACGAAGAUCAGCGUGCACCUCGAGACCUGAGACCCAUGAUCACCGCUAUAAACGGCAGCUCACAACCACGACGAACAGCGCAAGAACCUGUCGCUGACCUAAGGAGGAGAUACAGUCAGGCUAUUGGUGAUGCCAACUCGCUUGCACGAGAGGAGGAUAUCAAGCGAGCUGACAGGAUAUAUGAAGAUGGAGAAGAUGGAGAAGAUGGAGUAGGCUGGUCAGGCGAUGAAGAGGACGACCACGACAACUACGAAGAUCACAACGCAGAUGGAUCAAGUGUCGAUAAUAUCUCUUCAAUUUCAGGGUCGCCAAGUUCUUCAACCAGGAGCAAGACUAUACGGCAGUCGACCAUGCAGCGAUUCAGAAACCCAAGUAGCGCUUCGGGGCUACCGUCUCCUCGUGCCACCUCCAGGUCAGCCGAUGAGAUUUACGACAACAUCACGGUCAGUCCCACUCCUCGGAGGGUAAAAGGUGCUGGUUCGUCGGCGCAGCAUGCCAGACGUAGCCCGAGUCCCGCAAAGAGGAAAAGAUCCACAUCUUCAAUGUCGCCUAAAUCGAGCACUGGAGCCCAGAAGACACGUACAGUGGCUAAGAAGCCGCGUUACUCGGAGAAAGCGUCAUUUUCCGACUCUCCGCUCCAGCAGCACAGGAAAGACAGCGUCAUGCAUAUCGGAGAAGAAUCCACACAACAUGAAGACACUCUAGACCCAGAUCACAAGAGAGGACUCAACCUAGAGCAGACACCAUUGCUCAGCCAGGGCAAUGUCGAAGUCAAGCCUGACCAUACCGAAACGGCUCCAGCGAGCGAGCAUAACCUCGCACAGGACUCGGGCCAAGGGUGUACGGUACAGACCGAAAGUCGUGAGCAGGUGUCCAGUUCAGCGCCGAGGGAGCAGUCGCAAGAUGUCUCAGUUACAUGUAUGACAGAUACCACAGCCCCAGGCGGUAAUGCUAGGAAGAUAGCGAUUCUACUGCUUGAUCUAGAUGAGAAUCGUGUCAAGAAGCAGCAUUCAAUGGCGUCCUUCGAUAUGACAGACGUCAAGAUCAGAAGACAACUGACCUUACUUGGUCACAAAUUUGACUGA